AUGUCUUCUGAGAAAGAAGUCGAGGUCAUCACGACCGCUUCGGUGCUUGCCACAAGACUAGCAGAGUGGGUCAAUAAUCCUGGAAAGCCACCUUCAUUGUAUAUGGACAUAGAAGGAGUCAACUUGGGCCGCCAUAGAUCUAUCUCGCUCAUCUCGAUUUACGUCCGCCCCCGAAACAAGGUCUACGUGGUUGACGUCGACGUCCUGGGAAGAGAAGCCCUUUUCACGACCGACGGCAAGGGCAACUCUCUCAACAAUAUCCUAGAAUCCCCUCUCUCCCCGAAGGUCGUAUUUGACGUCCGAAACGGCUCCAAUGCACUAUUCGGUCUUUUCAAAACCUCCCUCAACGGCAUCUUCGACGUCCAGCUCAUGGAAUUGGCCCUGCGAAAGGGUUCAAAAGACCACCUCGCGAGCUUUAGCAGCUGCGUGCAAAAACAACAUCGUGAUUUAUCGGAUACAAUGAACGUGGUCGACUUGGGAGAAAAAUCUGAUGACAACCGUUCUUUGGGGACGGGAAUGGUGCGAUACAGUGCACGGAAGGCGACGAUGUUGGCAUCCCUGUGGGAUAUCUACAGCGUCGGACUGAAACCGCCCGAUAAAGCCAUGUGGCGCUGUCUCAUCCGUGAAACCACCCAAGUACGCAUCCACGUCUCUAAAAGACCCCAAUACGACCCACAGAGCGAGAACAGAAUGCGGAGUGCUUGGAAUCAGGAGUUCAUUGAAGAGUACUCGGAUAAUUGGAAUGAUGACUUGUUCAUGAUUAGUGAUGGGAUGGUCUAUGACGAGGAGGAGGAUCGGUGGGUUGAUGGCGGAGAGCAAGACUACUGGGAUGACGACGAGCUUGACGAAUAUUUUGAUGAUUACCCCGACACGGCUCGCGACUGCAUUGGCUGGGAAGAAGACAUGAUCAAGAACGGGUCACCCUUUUAG